CUAAUAACUUUAGGACGAAGUCUCUUUUUGUCCCCAACCCUUUUGGGGCAGCCCCAUAAUAUAUUGUUCACGUAAAAAGCGUUCGCAGAACUGGCUACUUCUGUUUCUUAGCAGGAGAGCUCCGUCUUUGUAGCCUCUCUAGUAGGUUGCCUGUGACGGGCUUUGAUAGGAUUGGGGUGUUAAGCUUAUUCAAUACCCAGACUUUAUUUUGAAUUGGCAAUUCUAGUUUGUCCACGACGUUCGCGUGUGGUUGGAAAGGGCAGGGCCGUGAUUUGGACAGCGUCAAAGAACCCAGAGCUGCGGUUUGUGGCUGCGCACUCGCGAAUGUCCCUGCGGCAGCGCCGCUCUGGGUACCACUCGCCUCCCACUUCCCUAUUUUUAGCCGCCGCAGUCCGGACCACGUGACGGGGGAGGCGGUACAGCGGGCGCCCCGCCCCCACGGCGCCGCGCAGCAUCCCGCAGAGCGCCGAACUCGCGCCCUGGGCCUGCGGCUGCGGCGAUGAAGAUCUGGAGCUCGGAGCACGUGUUCGGCCAUCCCUGGGACACGGUGAUCAAGGCAGCCAUGCGGAAGUACCCUAACCCGAUGAACCCGUGCGUGGUGGGUGUGGAUGUGCUGGAGCGCAGCGUGGAUGGCUAUGGGCGCCUGCACAGCCUACGCCUGCUCAGCACCGAAUGGGGGCUGCCUGGCCUCGUGCGUGCGAUUUUGGGAGCCAACAGGACCUUGACGUACAUCAAAGAGCGCUCUGUCGUGGAUCCCGCUGCCAGGAAAAUGGAGCUGUGUUCCACCAAUAUCACGCUCACGAAUCUGGUGUCAGUGAAUGAGAGGUUGGUGUACACGCCUCAUCCAGAGAACCCUGAAAAGACUGUGCUCACUCAAGAAGCCAUCAUCACUGUGAAGGGGAUCAGCCUUGGGAGCUACCUGGAAAGUCUAAUGGCCACCACGAUAUCCUCCAAUGCCAAGAAGGUGCACACCUCAGUAGAGGGCCCUGGUAUACUCCAUGGUUAUGUGCCAGGUGAAGUGGGGACGUGUCUGGUCCUUGGGUCCUCCUGAGGACUAGGAUCUUUGUAGUUGAGCUUCUCUGGCCAUAGAAUCCCCCUCCAGCUCUAUAGAGAUACAGAAGGGCUGGCCAGGUUCUGAGGGGAAAGACAUCUGUCCCAGUAAGUAUUACUAUUGCUUUGAAGUUCAUCCUGGUCUCUCUGGUCUCCACACGGCAGUUUGGCUCUGGGAGUUUGGGAUGUCUUAGGUCUCUCUCAGAUGUGGAUUGGCUGUGUUAUUCCAAGAGGGUGUUGACCUUGAGAUGACCAGCUCAAGCUGGUACAUUCUUUAACUCUAGAGAAAUUUAGGUAUCGGAAACAUCCCAUUGUGUUUCUGAGCUUGAAUAGCUUGCGUAUGGGGAUUGUUUUAGUUAAGGUUUCUAUUGCUUAAAGAGAUACAGUGACCAUCUCAAGACUUAAAAGGAAAACAUUUAAUAGGGGCUGGCUUACAGUUCAGAGGAUUAGUCCAUUGUCAUAGUAGGAAGCAUGGCAUUGUGCUGGCAGACAUGGUGCUGGAGAGCAGCCGAGAGCUCUACACUUGCGGUAUCUGGAAGAGGCAGUGAGCCCACUAGGCCUGGCUUGACCUUCUGAGACCUCUAAGCCCACCCCUAACAACCCACUUCCUCUAGCAAGGCCAUACCUACUCCAACAGGUUACACCUCCUGUUAGUGUCACUCCCUAUGGGCCUGUGUGGGCCAUGUUUAUUCAGACCACCUCAUUGUCCAUGGUUCAGGGAGAUUAUUGGUACAUUUUACCACAGCAGUUCCCUCCUGCAUGUGCAAGAACUGAAGUCCUUCUGUGUUGUUGCAGGGGUGGGCUGCCAUUGAGUGGAUAAUUGAACAUUCCGAGAGCGCCAUAAGCUAACAGGUCUGCACCCAUGCCUGGUGACACAAGGGGCAGUCACAGAAACUUCUUAACCUGGUACAGUUUUAGCUUUUCAUUACCUGUGUGCAUGGCGUGCAUGAGAGAUUGCUGCAUACUGUCUGUCACAGUGGACAGCUCCACCCUUUUCUUGCCCUUAGUCUGUGCCAAGGCUUCUUUCCAGGAAACACCUAAGCUCUUGCCAGCCGGAGUCUGGGAAGGAAGGCGGUGUAGCAGUUGCUUCCCUGAGGUCUCAGCACCUGGCUGUCUGAACAUUCUUCAGGACUGUCAUGGCUGUUGAAGAGCCUCUGCGAUUAGGUUCACAGUGUUAUCAGCAAAUUUAAUCUGGAGUGUUUCGUCUUGGUAAAAUUUGUACUUCUUGAAAAACAAUUCAUUGUUAUUAUUUUUAUUAUGCUGGGGAGUGGACUGAGGACCUCACGCCUGCUAGGCUUGGGUAAGCCCUCUACCUCUGAGCACCAACCCGUUUGUACACGUCUCUAUGAAGAAUGCUUUGUGCCUGUUCACUCAUCACUGUAGUGGCAAAAGCAGCUCCUCACAGAUGUUCCUUGGUCUCUUCAGCCCUCAGAUCUUUGACACUUAAUUGGUUGGCAUUUGUCUUAUGUCCUCACAGAGAGCAUCCUACUUCCCUUUAGGUGAGACCUCCUCACUUCCUGCCUGAAUGUCCCUGCUGACAGUGGUGGCUUGCAUCCCUCUGUUGCCUCCAGUCAUGUUUGCUUCCUCAUUUCCCUCAGCCAACAAGCUGUGGGGUUUGAGGUAUCUUUAAGAUUUUCUUGCUUUUUCCUGUCAACAAAACAUGGCAGAGAAGUUUCCCUUGAAUCCAAGGCCAAGACCUGCUUUGGGGUCUCUAAGCAUCAAUCUGAGCUGAGCUUGUGGGAGCUGUGUGCAGGUCUGUGUGUGUGUGUGUGUGUGUGUGUGUGUGUGUGUGUGUGUGUGUAGAGAGAGAGAGAGAGAGACAGAGGGAGAGACAGAGAGAGAGACAGAGAGAGAGAGAGAGAGAGCGCGUGAGCGAGCCCUGAUGUGAUGUCUAAGCUCUGCAGGUUGUUUCUUCAUCAACUAGAGCUAACCCACCCCUCUCUUCACUCAGAUGUCUCACCAAAAAGAGUCAAAGAAGAAAGGAAAGAAGGAAGUGUGGACAAAUAAGACGAGAGGCAAGUGUGGAGUGGCUCCCGCCAAGUCUGGAAGAGGUAUCUGCUGGAAUCCUCCUUGUCCACGAUAACCUCCCAGUGUAGCAUCAGGCCAAGGCGCCAGCUCUGCGAGGCUGUUUGUGAGAGGCUCUUUCUCGGGAGUGGCGUGGAGCCCUCGUCUGCUGGGCUCUGCUGUAGGUCCUGUGCUAGGCUGUACUGCCCAUGUUGGUUUUAAGCUUUUAUUUGCUUCUGGAAGGAGUGUCACUUCUUUGUGCUGGCUCUGGACACUCCACCAAGAGAAGAGCUCCCCUUUCCUCAUGCCCUGCAGGCUAAGCUGGGGUAGAUCCUGCAAACCUUCUCUAGGGGCCUGGCUGUUGUCCUCUGUUCCUGGUGACCCUAUGUCCUUUAUAGUGUCCCACUUGCCUCUGGGAAGGAGAAUGAGAAAUUGCUCUCUAGCCCUCAGGGUCCCCAUCAUGCACUGCAUCCAAAAACAGUUCAGGAGCUCUCUACACAGGCCACUAUGAGUUCCAGCAGCAACUGGGAUUUUCAAACUCAAAACUGGCCUUGAACUCUGUGUGACUGAAGAUGGUCUUGAACUCUUCCUCCUGCUUCCCCAUUCCCAAGUCCUGAGAUUACAGACUUGGGCCGCAAUGCUUGACUCUUUUUGGUUGUUGUUAUUGAGACAGAUCUUGCUAUGUAGGUAGCCCUGGCUGCUCUGAAACUCAUGGCAUUCCUCCUGCCUCAGCAUCUCAAGUGCUGGAAUCACAGGUCUGUACCACCAUGCUCGUCAUGGAAUCCUUGUCAAGUUCCAACUGUCUUUUCAUCAGGUUCUCCUGACAAGCCUGGUUGUCCCUGAAGGUGGGAAUCUCCUGCUAGGUACCAGGAGCUGUCCAGCUAAUUCCCUCUCUGUAGCCUGGGCUUCUGGGUCUUGCUGGGGUAUGAGUGCUUUUGUGAUCUUGUCCUAGACUGAAGCCCCUCCCCCAUACCUACAUCGCCUUCCUGCCUCAGAGUUUCUGUGUUCCUCAUUUUUUUGUGGUCUUUAGUCUGUCAGUGUUUCAGUCAGGGACGUGGGCAUGAGGUACUGCCUACUGUAUUCUGUUUUGAGACAAGGUCUCAUGUAACUCAGUUGGCCUUCAACUCACUAUAAAUGCGCUGGCUUCCUCCAUCUUCUUCCACCUCUUAUGAAUUACGAGUCUGUCAGGUCUGGCUUCCUACCAUCAAGGUUGUUUAAAACACACACACACACACACACACACACACACACACACACACACACACUCCAUAUUUGUAGUUUUAAAAAGAGGUACUGAAUCUGUUGAAUAGUAUAGACUUCUGCUCUCCCUCUGUUGGUCCACUCACUAUUUUUAGACCCCUCUAGAACUUUCCUAUGACUAUUCCUAUGUCUUUUUCUUUCAUUAAACCUGGUUCAUACUAUAA